AUGUUACGCUCAUUAGCAAGCAAAAGAUUGUUCUCUCAAUCUGUUGCUUCUUUGAAAACUUUGGCGUUUGUUGAAGCUUCGAAUGGAAAGAUUUCUGCAUCUUCCUUAAGCGCAAUCACCGCUGCAAAAGAACUUGGAGAACCAGUCACCGCCAUUUUGGCAGGUCCAGAGGGUGAACAAUCUGCUACUAGUGCCUCCAAAAUUGAAGGCAUUUCAAAUGUCUUAUUGGCAAAAGGUGAUAAAUAUAAUCAUUAUCUCGCAGAGGAAUUGGCACCAUUGUUGAAGUAUGUUGUGGAGAGUAAGGGAUUUUCUCAUGUAGUAACUCCUGCUAGUGCAGUGGGCAAGUCCUUUUUACCUCGACUUGGUGCUCUACUUGAUGUUCAGCCAGUUUCCGACAUCGUGAAAGUUAAAUCUCCGGAAACAUUCGUGAGACCGAUUUAUGCGGGUAACGCUUUAGCAACAGUCAAAUCCAACGAUAAGACUGUUAUUCUCUCUGUUCGGGCAUCUGCUUUCGCUCCCUCCGCACUGGGUGAGGUGGAGUGUGCCAUAGAAGAAGUCUCGGGUUCUACUGAGUCGGGAAACAGAACCGAGUUUGUAUCUGAACAAUUGAUCACGUCUGAGAGACCAGAACUUGGUGCAGCGUCAAAAAUUGUUUCUGGAGGGCGUGGACUCAAGAAUGCGGAGACAUUUAAUGCAUUGAUCGAACCAUUGGCUGAAAAGUUGAAUGCUGCCGUGGGUGCUUCAAGAGCAGCCGUAGAUGCUGGGUACUGUGACAACUCUUUACAAGUUGGUCAAACUGGAAAGAUCGUUGCCCCAGAAUUGUACAUCGCCGUUGGAAUUUCUGGCGCCAUUCAGCAUCUCGCAGGAAUGAAGGACUCCAAGACUAUUGUUGCAAUCAACAAAGAUCCAGAGGCACCCAUAUUCAACGUGGCCGAUAUCGGCUUGGUUGCAGAUCUCAAUGAUGCUGUUCCAGAAUUGACUAGUAAGUUGUAA